AUGAAACACAGUAAUAAGAGCAUGUAAUGACUGGAUGAUAAUCAUAUAACUUGAUUGAGCCGAAUUGGUUUACUAGAGCUGAUUUUAGACCAAUUUUGUUUAUUUUUUGCAGCAUUAUUAACCAAAUUCUAGAUUCACAAAAAUUAAGACCAAGACAACAGCAGCAACAACAAACACAAGCACGUCAAAAUGAAUUGAAUUUGAUAUUUUCACCUCAGCCAAUUAUUAAUGAUUCUUGUAAUUUUGCAGAAACUUCAACACCAGUAAAUAAUAGUAAAAAAUUGAAAAAACAAAAAAGGAAGAAACCAGAACCAUCAGCUAAUAAAACAAUAGAAAAGCAUAAAUUAGAUAAGGCUCCCUUACAGUAUGCACAGGAGGAUAAAGAGAAUCAAUUAGACAAGACUCCCUUACAGUAUGCGCACGAGGAUAAAGAGAAUCAAUAUCCAUUAGUUAAUAAAACUUUAAAUUCAAUUAGAAAUAGAAAUAGAAAUAGAAGUAUAUUGAGUAAUAUAACACCAGCUCCAUCUAGAUCAAAUCAAAAUGAACCUUUAGAUUAUGAUAUUACAGUUGAUCAACAAUCAACGAGUCAUGUUUCAGAAAAUAGAGAAGAUAUUUUGAACAAAUCGAUUUUAACUCAAUUAACUCCAAAUUCAAAAAAUGCAAGUUCAAAAAGAAGUACUCAUGUUGCACAUGGAAGAAAUGCUCAUGUUUCACAUAGACAAAGAGAUGCUCGUGUUAGUCCAUUUGAUGAAUCAGAUAUUGAUUUGAAUGAAGCUCAAACUUUUGAAAAUUUAAAACAACUGAAAAUUAGGCUGCAAAAAAAUCAGGUAGCUCCAAUUGAACCACCAAUUUCACAACCAAUACAAGUACAACCCGUUAAUUCGAACUUUAAAAAUUUAUUACCAAGCCCUACUGAACAAGAAUUAGGUAUAGAUUUAAAUCAAGCUCAAAAUUUUAUUCAACCAUUUGAUAAUAAGCUGCAAAAAAUUCUGGUAGCUCGCACCUCAGUUUCACAACCAGUACAACCAGUUAAUUCAAAUUUUGAAGAGUCCUUUCCAAUUUUAGCUCAGAAAGUAUCAAACAUUGAGUUGAAUCAAGGCCAAACUUUCAAUCAAAUUAGGCUGCAUAAUCAGGCAGCUCGAACUACAACAUUGCCACCACCAAAGCCAGUUAAUUUAAACAUCAAGGAUUCAUUUUCAGCUGCUGAAAAUCAUCAAAUGAGACAAUUAAUAAAUAAUAAAGAAUAUUUGAUUGAUUCAAGAAUUGCAAAAGAAAUCCUUCAACUGGCUUUGAAGUUAGUUGAAUUAAAUGAAUCAAAACCAAAUAAAAAUGUAAUGCAACUAGUACCUAGACAAGAAGAGCUUCAUUAUAAAACUGAUACUGAAAUGGGAAGUAGAAAACCAGAAGAAGUCCGUUACUAUGUUAAUAUGGGUACUACGAGACCAGAAGAAAUGCAGCAUAACAAUGAUGUUGAUAUGGGGAAUGAAAGAUAUGAGAAUGACGAGUUGAAAUUACGUAAGAAUGUUCAAGUUGCUAAUAAGGAUAUUAAUUAUAAUCAAAUAUAUCAAGAUAAUAGUUCAGUUUACCUACCGGUUGUAUCUAGACCAUAUAGAGAUUUAGUUGAAGAACUAGAGUCGUCACCUGUAAAAUAUAAACAAGUAGAAGCUAAUUAUAUAGAAAUUGAUCAAGAAAACGUACCACAAGAAAUUGACAAAGGUCAGUUAGCUUAUUCAAAACCAGCUCCUUUUUUUCCAGUCUCAAAUGUUAAUAAUAAUGGAAUAGGUUCUGUUAUUCCUGAAAAGGUUGAUAAUUUACCAAUUGUUGAAGUUUACGAUCGAGAUCAAUUAGUUUAUAAACAAAUUGAUUCCACCCAUAAUAAGAUUAAUAAUAAAAAAGGAUCAAAUGUACAUGAAAAAGUUGAUAAUUUUCCAAUUCUCAAAGCUUAUAAUCGAUAUCAAUCACUCUACAACCCGACUACAGUUAAUAACUAUAUCCAUAACAAUAACAAUGAAAGAAGAUUAAAAGUACAUGAAAAAGUUGACGAUUCUCCCAUUGGUAAAGUCGGUAGUUGUGGUCAAGAAACACAUUUAAAAUCAACUGCUGCUCUUAAAGUCAUCAAUAUCAAUAAUAACGAAGAACGACCAAGUUUAAGACAAGUUGAUAGUUUAUCAAUUGGAGAUUAUGAUAAUGGAAAUCAGUUACUCAAUAAUUUAAUACCUCAAAUUAUAGGUAAAUCAAAUAGUUACAAUAAAAGGAAUUCUGUUCAUGAACAAGUUAGAGAUAAAUCAAUGGGUGAUAUUUAUAAAUCAGGUAAUUUACUAAAUCAACCGCCAAUUGCUCCUGCUAAAAUUUCAAAAGCCAGUAUAGUCAAUGUACCUGACCAAGCUAAGAUAGAUAAUGGAAACCAAGCACCUGUUCCAAAUGUACUUACACCAAAUAAAGUUUUAGCUAAUACAAGUUAUGAAAGAAAAUCAAUUUUGGAUAAUGGUGAUAAUACUACAAUUGAUAAAUUAGAUGAAAGAAAAUCAAAACAUCCUAUUGAAGCCAAUUCACCAGCUGCGAAAAUUUCACAACCAGAAAUCAAUCAAGAAUAUUCAUAUGUUAAAUCUAUUUCAAGUCCAAUUUCAUUUUCAUCUGAACAAGUCCUUAUUAAUGAUUCUGAAUCGGUAAUCGAUAAUCAAUUUGAAAGAGAUCCAUUAGAUUUAUUAAAUUAUGAUAAUACAAUAAUAUUUCAUAGAUUAAAUAGAUAA